AUGGCUCUCCCUGACCGCUGGACAUUCUACAACGGCCGAGCCGUGUCGGCCUCGACGUCCAGCUCCAACGAGACGUUUCAAUCCAUCGACCCCUCGACGUCGAAGCCAGUAUGCACGAUCCACACAUCAUCGGCGAGCGAAGUUGAGCAAGCGGUGCGAUCAGCAAACGUGGCAUUCAGAUCAUGGGCGAGCACACCAGCGGCGGAGCGAUCGCGGAUUCUGCUGAAAGCCGCAUCGAUUCUGCGGUCGCGCAACGACGAACUAGCGCGAAUCGAGACGCUGGACACGGGCAAGCCAUUCUCCGAGACGUCGACGGUGGACAUUGUCACGGGCGCCGAUGUGCUCGAGUACUUUGCGCAUCUGGUGGCGUCGGGCGGGCUGAACGGCGAGUCCUUCCACCUCCGCGACUCGGCCUGGGUGUACACGGCCAAGGAGCCGCUGGGGGCAUGCGCGGGCAUUGGGGCAUGGAACUAUCCGAUCCAGAUUGCGCUGUGGAAGUCCGCCCCGUGUCUGGCCGCGGGCAACACCAUGGUCUACAAGCCGUCCGAAGUCACGCCGCUGCACGCCCAGCUGCUGGCUGAAAUCUACAGGGACGCCGGCGUGCCUGAUGGCGUCUUCAACGUCGUCUACGGCGACGGCCGGGUCGGCGCGCUGCUCACCAAACACCCAGGUAUCGCGAAAGUCAGUUUCACCGGCCAGGUCUCGACGGGCCGUAAGGUCGCGGGUGCCGCCGCCGGCGAGAUGAAGUAUGUCACCAUGGAGCUCGGCGGCAAAAGUCCCCUGAUCGUCCUGCCGGACGUCGAUGUCGAGCAGGCGGUCGAUGGCGCCCUCAUGGCAAACUUCUUCAGUACCGGUCAGGUGUGCACCAAUGGUACCAGGGUGUUUGUUCCCAAAGCCUUGAAACAAAAAUUCGAGGAAGUCCUACUGGCAAAAUUGAACUACGUCCGACCAGGUGAUUUGAUGAAUCCAAAUACAAACUAUGGCCCCCUGGUCAGCAAAAUCCACUACGACAAGGUCGUCGGCUACAUCAAGCACGGCAUCGAGGUCGAUCAUGCCAAGUUGCUGGCCGGAGGCCUCGGAAAGCCCGCCAAUAUCCCCUCCAAUCUCAAGGACGGCUACUGGGUCCGUCCGACCGUCUUCACCGACUGUACCGACAACAUGAAGAUCGUCAAGGAGGAGAUCUUUGGUCCCGUUAUGUCUAUCCUCACCUACUCUUCCGUCGACGAGGCGGUCCAGAGAGCCAACAACACCGAACUAGGACUCGCUGCUGGCGUCUUUGGCAAGGAUAUCAAUCAAUGUCAUACUGUCGUCAAACAGUUGCAGGCUGGCAUCACCUGGGUCAAUACCUGGGGCGAGUCUCCUGCUGAGAUGGCUGUUGGCGGUUGGAAGCAGAGCGGCGUCGGCGUCGAGAACGGGCGGAGAGGCCUGGAAGCCUGGAUUCGAAAUAAAAGCACCCUCGUCGAGAUGGGAGGCAGUGUACCGACUGUAUUUGCAAAGUUAUAA